UUCUCCACCUGUAAGAUGCUCUCCUCAGAUCCGCUGGGUUCCACGUGCGACUGCCCCCUGGGCUCCAAGGAGCGGGAGGAUGAGGAGGGCCCAUGGCGAGGAGGCUCUGGCCGGCCACCUCCAGACUGCGGCCCCAGCCCCUGGCGCCUCGACGUGGGCCUGGACUGCAAGGGCUGCCCCGAAGGGGCAGAGGCGCGGGCCUGGACAACCUACUACUAUAGCCUCCUGCAGCGCUGCCUGCAGCACGCUGGCCUUCCAGAGACCCAGGACCGCAGCCAGGUGCCCCAAACAGGCUGCCCUGGGGCAGAGGUGACCUUGUGCGUUCUGGGAUGCCCCAGCACCUUCCUGUCCGUGCUGCUGGAGGGCGGUGUCCAGAGUCCGGGAAACAUGCUUCUUUGCCUGUCCCCUGCUUGGCUGACGAAGGUGCCAGCACCGGGGCGGCCAGGAGAGGCGGCCCUGCUGGUCUCCAAGGCAGUGAGCUUCCACCCGGGGGGCCUGACAUUCCUGGACGACUUUGUACCCCAGCGCCAAGCCACCUACUUCCUGGCAGGCCUGGGCCCCAGGCCUGGCCUGGGCCAGGAAGCAGCCGAGCUCGCCCGCGACCUCACCUGCCCUACAGGAGCGUCAGCAGAGCUGGCCAGGCUGCUGGAGGACCGACUGCUGACAAGACAAUUACUGGCCCAGCAGGGCGGCGUGGCUGUGCCAGCUACCCUGGCUUUCACCUACAAGCCGCCCGCACUGCUUCGGGGAGGGGGUGCCAGCCCGGGACUGCGGCUGGUGGAGCUGAGCAGCAAAGAGGGCCAGGAGGCACUCGUGAAGGAGGAGGUCGGGGCCUUUCUGCACUCUGCGGUCCUGGGCGACGCCCUGCAGGUUGCCAUCAAGCUCAGCAGCUGGCGCUGGCGGGGGCGGCAGGCGUUGCGUCUGCACCCACGCGCAGAGAUGGGCACAGUGGUGGGCACAGUGCUGGCGUUGCUGGAGAAACUGGAGGAGGAGGAGAGUGUCUUAGUGGAGGCUGUGUGCCCACCCGCCCGGCUGCCCUUCCCAGGCAGCCCCCCAGCUGGCCCCGAGCUGGCUGUGCGGAUCUGUGCUGUGGUGUGUCGGACACAGGGUGACAGGCCUCUGCUGAGCAAGGUGGUGUGCGCCGCGGGCCGUGGGGACCGGCCUCUGCGGCACCAGAACUCUUUGCCGCGGACGCUGGAGGUGGUGCUGGCCCAGUGUGGCCUGGGCGACGCGGCCCAGGUGGCGGUUGUGCGGCAGCGCGUCAAGGCGGCGGCUGAGGCCGCUCUGGCCGCCGUGCUGGCCCUGGAGGCUGGCCUGAGCGCCCCGCAGCGCGGCGGGCGUCUGGCUGGCACGGACUUCCUCGGCGUAGACUUCGCGCUGACGGUGGUGGGUGGCACGCUGACUCCGGUGGCCCUGGAGCUGAACAGCGGCCUGUGCCUGGAAGCGUGCGGCACUCUCGAGGGGCUCUGGGCAGCCCCGCGCUCGAGGCCGGCGACCGAGGAGGCGGCGGCCGCCGCGCCACUCGUGGAGACCAUGCUGCGGCGUUCGGCCCGCUGUCUCAUGGAGGGAAAGCAUCUGCUGGUGGUCGGCGCGGGCGGGGUCAGCAAGAAGUUCGUGUGGGAGGCGGCGCGCGACUACGGGCUUAAGCUGCACCUGGUGGAGUCAGACCCCAGCCACUUUGCAUCCCAGCUGGUGCAGACCUUCAUCCACUUUGACGUGACAGAGCACCAGAAGGAUGAGGAGAACGCACGGCUGCUGGCGGAGAUGGUGCGGGCGCGCGGCCUGCAGCUGGAUGGCUGCUUCUCCUACUGGGACGACUGCCUGGUGCUCACAGCCUUGCUCUGCCAGGAGCUGGGUCUGCCCUGCAGCCCCCCAGCCGCCAUGCGCCUGGCGAAGCAGAAGAGCUGCACCCAGCUGCAUCUGCUGCACUGCCAAGGCCCGCCCUGGCCUGCACCCUCCCUCCACGCUGUGCCUUGCUGCCCGCUGGAGAGUGAGGCCGAUGUGGAGAGGGCUGUCCGCCAGGUGCCCUUGCCAGGCGUCAUGAAGCUGGAGUUUGGCGCAGGUGCAGUGGGCGUGCGGCUGGUGGAGGAUGCACCACAGUGUCACCAGCACUUAUCCAGGAUCACCCACGACCUGCAGGGUGAGGCAGACCACCCUGGCAUUGGGCUGGGCUGGGGCAACUCCAUGCUGCUGAUGGAGUUCAUCGAGGGCACGGAGCACGAUGUGGACCUGGUGGUGUUUGGCGGGAGAUUGCUGGCUGCCUUUGUCUCUGACAAUGGCCCCACGCGGCUACCUGGCUUUACUGAGACGGCAGCCUGCAUGCCCACUGGACUGGCUCCGGAGCAGGAGGCGCAGCUGGUGCAGGCGGCCUUCCGCUGUUGCCUGGGCUGCGGGCUGCUGGAUGGGGUCUUCAACGUGGAGCUCAAGCUGACCAGGACUGGGCCUCGGCUCAUCGAGAUCAACCCCCGCAUGGGUGGCUUCUACCUGCGAGACUGGAUCCUGGAGCUCUACGGUGUGGACCUGUUGCUCGCUGCUGCUAUGGUGGCCUGCGGCCUGCGGCCUGCCUUGCCCACCCACCCACGGGCCAGUGGCCACCUGGUGGGCGUCACUGGCCUGGUAUCCCAGCACCUGCAGGUGCUGAGUUCCACUGCCAGCCCAGAGGUUCUGCAGGCUCUUCAUGACCGGGGCCUGGUGCGUUUCAAUCAGUUUGCAUCUUUAGAGGAGGUCCGGGUGCCCGGCGAGUACGAGGAGCCCUACUGCAGUGUGGCCUGUGCUGGGCCCAGCCUGGCCGAGGCCCGCCUCCGUCUGCUGGGCCUCUGCCAGGGCCUGGGCAUCGAUGGGCCCCACUACCCCAUCGCCCAUUUCCUGUCCCACUUCAAAUAG